GAUCGAUUUGAAUAAUUUAUACCAGGUGACCGGUAUUACUGUCGCAGGAUUUAAAAAUAAGUUCGUCAAAGAAUUUCGCUUGGAGUAUGAACAUGAUGAACAUUGGCGUGUGUACUAUCCUUUAAAAAACUUUCAAGCUCUGAUCCAAUUGUUUUCACCAAAUCCAUCGAAAAAAGAAUUUAAAUUUCCAUUCAAAGCUGAUGGAUUAAAAAUCACUCCUGUCACGUGGUCUGGAGAGACAUUUGCAUGAAAGUAAAACUACACGGAUGUUCUUACGUAUGUCAAAGGCAGCUGUUUUUUUCAAGCCCAUCAAGAAUAAAAGAUUAUAUGAUAUCUGCUUCAUCAGCAAAAUAUCCAAAAUAUGAGCCAAAACAGACUGCAAUAGAAGGUCAUGCUUGGUGUUCAGUGAAAAACGACAAAAAACAAUGGAUUCAGUUCAAAUUUCCAAGAGAAAGCAAAGUUUCAACAAUUCUAACAUUUGGUGACAGGAGAAAAAGUUAUGUGAAAUCAUAUUACAUGCAGUUCAGCGACGAUGGAGAAAAUUGGAGCAAUUAUGUACAACAUGGAACAACUAGGAUAUUUCAAGGAAACAACGACGCCAACAGUCCAGUUCGACAUACUUUGGCAAAUGAAAUUGAAGCAACAUAUGUUAGAGUUUUACCUGUCUCAUGGAAACAUAAUAUAUGUAUGAGAAUUUCUUUACUUGGAUGUUACGCAGAUUGCAGUAAACCCUUACUGGCAUCUGGUAGAGCUGUGAAUCCUCAAUUUGACUCUUCAGUUCAAAAUUCUCAUCCUGAGUAUGCUUUAUUCAAUACUGGUAAAGCUUGGUGCACGGGGAACACUCCAAAUGAAUAUCUUCAGAUCAAAUUUGGCGAGCCUUAUAUUUUAUACAAGAUAGCGACAUUGCCAAGCCCAGUUGGUUAUCACAAUGAAAGUGGACUGUCACAAUAUACUUUGAAAGUACGGAAAGGAGGGAGUUAUUUUGUUUAUGGACCAAGAGGUAAAGCAAAGAUUUUCGUCGCCAUAAAUGAAAAUGAUCCGUCAAGGCCCAUGAUUCAUGAUAUUACGGACUUUAUGCGGCAAAGAAGCGGUUUGAGGACAAAAGCCAUACGAAUUUAUCCGCAAACAAAUGAUGGGUCAUCAGCAUGUAUAAGAGUAGAGCUUUAUGGCUGCCUAUCAGGCGUUGAAAUUCUUCCCACCACUCCCCCUACGACACAAAAAGUUGUCAAUGUAUCAUUACGUUUUACCAGUUUGAUAUGGAAUGAUAAAUUGAGUGAUCCAAAGUCGGAAGAGUUUAUUGAAACAAGCAAAUUAAUUAUAAAAGCGAUUGAAAGUGUUUUUACAGAAAGUGAAUCAUUUCGGAAUGCCAAAGUCCUAAAAUUUAUCAAAGGAAGUGUUGUAGCAACAAUUGAAUUGGUGUUCAACCCAAUCUUUGUUCAAGGUGAUAAUGCUACAUCACUAUUGGAAAGUGCCGUUCAUAAAGGAAAAAUUGGUAGCCUUAGGGUGGAUCCAAAAUUCUUUAAUGUAAAAACCCCAGAAUCUUCUGCUAGAACAGAGUCAGAUUCUCGUUUGUCUGGAGGUAUUAUUGCUUUAAUCGUGCUCAUUUUACUUCUUGCUGUGGCGUUAAUCUCUGCUCUUGCAUUCUUUGUGUAUCGACGUCGAAAGCAAAACACUUUUUUUGCACCAAAACAUUUUGAUAACCCAGUUUCUUUUUCAUCGAAAGCUUGUGAUAUGGAUGAUUAAAUGCUUUGGAGACAUUUCUUAGAAGACAUGCUCGUUCGACAUACAGGAAACCAUAAAUUGACUUGAACAUUUGGAGCAAGGGAUUAAAACUUACAUAUUAGGCUCUCAAGAGCUAUAUACUCUUUUCUUAUCGAUAUUCAAAUGAAAAGCACUUAUUUUUGCUAACCAAUCACUUGGCACCUUCUGUUGAAAAGUUACUUGAUCCUGUUAAAGAAUGAACUAUUCAGGAUUGGCUUACAAUUACUUUACAAAAUGACAAUACGUGUUUAGUACUUACAACAUUAAACCAAACAAAAACAACGACAAAAAAUUUAAGUGCUGGAGUUUAAAUGGAUUUUACUGAAUAAAGUCUAAAAAGAUGAUAAAAAA